AUGAAGCCAUAUUUCCCAACCCUGGCGUACGCCACGGAGCCAGAGGGGUGGGACGCCACCUGUGUCCUCCAGGUUGAGAAUCCUAUCACCGGCAGGUGGUCUUGUCCCACCCUCACGAAGAGGAACAGGCGUUGCGAGAACGUCGUGAGCCAGGAGCGGAGCCAAAAGGUCAACCGCAUGCUCAACUCGAUCUCCGUGGAGGAUGCCGGCGUGAUCGCCAAGGACCACAACAGAGAGCUGACAGUUCUGGCCGAGGCCAUGUUCUGCCCUCUUCACUCCCGGGCGACCGACAGUAAAGAGAAAGUCAAGGACGUCGUCGCGCAGUGGAAGAAUAACAUCAAGACUUCGAUCCGCCUGCAGGUCCAGCCGCCGGCACUCAACGUCAAUCGGAAGAUCCCACCAGCCGAAUAUCAACCUACCAAAGCCCCGAGUGGUCUUCGAGACCGACCCUUCAACGCAUAUCCUGAGCAGACGGCCACCAUCCCCCAGGAGCAACGCAAGAGUCAGACUGCAGCCCAUGACGUUUCCGUCACGCCACAGAGCCCACCUCCCAGAUAUGGAACUCCCAGUUACGGAGCCAUCAUCGACCAGGCAGCGCUCGGAGACUUCCUAGAGGCAUUCCAGAGCCUCACGCUACAAAACCAGCAGCUUAAAGAGGAGAACCAGAAGCUCCGCGACCUGAACGCCGAGCUCGUUGAGGAGGCAAACCUCGCAACCAAAGAGCUCAAGCGCACCAGGAAAGAGCUCGAGGCGGCAGAGAAGGUGCACGAGCUCCUGGAGGAGCAAGUUGACGAGCAGUUCGAUGAGAUCAACACGCUUAGCGAGCGUGAAGCGGCUCAUUUGGAGACGAUAGCUGCCCUGCGGGAGACGAUUCAGAUGUACAGCAAGGCGUACCGCAAGCCCAAUCCAGUGUGGGCGACUGGGUGA